ACCAUAGCAAUUUCGUGUUUUGACGUUUAGUUAAAAGUAAACUGAUUUGACUAGUUGAAAAUUACCCUAUUUAACUAUGCUCCACAUUGCUACUUUUACGACGUAACAAAAUCAAAAUAAAAAGGUCGUAAAAGUAAAUAACUUUUCGAACAAACAACACUCGAUAUGUUACCGCGAUCCAAUUUAACGCUUCGCAUUUCACGAGAUUGCAAGACCUUUAAUUCUUUAUUUCAACAUGUGAGAUACGCUUUUUUUGACAGACCGAAACAGCGCACAGAAAAAUCGACUUUCCUCUGGACAACAAUUGUGAAAUUUGCCAAGAUAGGGUCUUUAAGGCACAGAGGUUUGCAAAUCUGUUUUAUAUUGGCGCUACUGGUUUGGCGGAGUGAUGGCAAAACGAACGUUGACCUGGUACAAGAGUUAUAUCAUAAGGGGAUACUUAAAUCUGAUGUUGUGAUAAGGACUAUGAAGGCUAUAGAUCGGAAGAACUAUUGCCCUAGAGCUAAAUACCCUUAUGAUGAUGUUCCACAAGAUAUAGGAUACAAAGCCACAAUCAGUGCUCCCCAUAUGCAUGCUUAUGCCCUGGAGCUGUUGAAGGACCAUUUGACCAACGGCGAGUCAGCUCUGGAUAUUGGAUCUGGAUCAGGAUACAUCACCGUAUGCAUGGCUGUCAUGCUUGGAGAACAAGGACUAGCAAUCGGCGUGGAGCAUAUACCAGAACUGGUUGUAGAAUCGACCAAUAACAUUCAGAAACACCAACCGUGGCUACUAACCACUGGACGAGUCAAGAUUAUCAACGCGGAUGGGCGUUUGGGGUACAACAAACACGCUCCUUACAACGCCAUUCAUAUUGGAGCAACGAUCCCUGAUAUACCACAGAAGAUUUUAGACCAGUUGAAACCUGGCGGUAGACUGGUCGCUCCUAUAGGAUCCGGGACUGAUCAAUACUUGACUGUGGUCGACCGAACCCCCGCUGGGAGAAUAAAGACGAAAAGACUCAUGGGAGUCAUGUUCGUACCGUUGACAGAUAAAAAUGAUCAGCUCGGGUCAGUCAAUACCUGGUAAUGCUGUAGUUGGAUUAAUGUCUUAGGUUGUUGUUUAAGUAUUCUUCUAUUUUGUCUAUUGUUUUAUAACUGAUAAAAUAAAAAGUUGCGAUUUUAUAGUUAAGUA